AUGUCGUGUUGUGCCAAUAUCGCUUUGGACCCCGAGAUACUAUCAACUCCUGCGGAUUUAUCCAACCUACAACAAAGCAGUUCAGCAGGGAUCAACCUUCCCCCGGUUGACUUCUUCCUCUCAGAGGCGCUGCGAUCAAGAGGAUACCACAAUGUCGCCGAUACGCAGUCGCUUGCACAAGUCCAAACCUCAUUCUUCCUUUACUGCAUCUACUUCUGCCUCAACAAUGACAACGCAGCAUGGUUUUACAUCCGUGAGGCCAUGACCAUUCUGCAGACGCUACGAUACCAUGAAGAGGCAACAUACAACGAAAUCGCCGACGCUUCCACCAAAAAGUACGCGCGACGCAUCUUUUGGGUACUGUUCAUCACAGAGCGAGCAUAUGCAAUGCAACGGCACCGGCCAUUGACACUGCAGCCCAUGUUGGAUCUUCCCCAGAUCGACCCGCUCAGCCCCGAUGCCAAAAUUCUGCCCGGCUUCCUGGAGCUCAUUUCCCUAUUCCGGCCUUUUGACACGGAUUUCAUCGCCACGUGGAACUCAUCUACACCAUCGUCGACAUCGAAAUCGGCAGAGCCUGAACAGUUGGCACGGCUGCAAAACACUCUGUCAAAUUCACUUGCGAACGUGUCCAGCUUUUCUCCGAUGCAGCAGGCCGAUCUUCUCAUCACCCGGGAAUGGCUGAAAGUCAUUGUGUGGAAGCUCUGUGUAUCAAGGACGCUGCUAUCGGGGACCGAUAGUGAGGACAGCAUGUCGCUCAGCUAUCCCACUACCAUCGCUCGAGAUACCGUGCUCGUCUCCAGGCUCUUGCCCACCACAGCGUUUGAGGCGAAUGGCGUCGGCAUCUUGGAGAAGGUGUUUGAUGUUGGAUGUUCAUUGGCCGACCUUUUAUCGCUGAACCCACCAACAAUAAUCACAUCAGUUAUGGAUGUCGGGCCUAUUGAUAUAUUGAUGGAGACGGUCAUCCAGGUCCUCAAGCUCGCGUACGUCGAGCAAGAAAAGCUCUUCAACCAAGUCUUCAAGUACGCGCAAGUCUUCAUCUUCAUCGUCGUCUUCGUCCAGCAGCGGCACUGCGAGUACCACUACGACAACAUCCAGCUCCAGCAGUUCUACCGCAUCAUCAUCAUCACCCUCAAGCUCCACCCACACUUCCUCCACCUAUUCGUCAUCAUCGUCCUCCCCUUCAUCGACGUCAGCUUCGGCGUCCUCGACGAGUUCGAGCACCUCUUCGGCAAGCAGUUCCGCCCAGCCAUCGUCCAGCAAUACACCGUCGAGAUCAGCUACCAACUCCGCUCCGUCACAAACUAG